GAGCCUCUCUCUUGGACGCUUGCUGGCAGAGUUGCGCAACUCGACUCCGACACUCCUUUCUGUGUGCUAUGGCUUUGUGACAGCCUUGGAUCUAGCAAUUGUCUCGACACCAUGGGCUACGACUAUGCGCUUGUACACGUCAAGUACACGAUUCCUCCCGCAAUCGCCUUGACUCUGCUCUACCGACCUCUGUUGACCCGCCUCGAUGUCUACAAAAUCCUGUUCCUUGUCACCAUUGCUCUCGUGUCCACCACGCCAUGGGACUCGUACUUGAUCCGCACCCGUAUCUGGUCAUAUCCUGAGGACGCCGUCGUUGGACCUAAACUCUUCGAUAUCCCAUUGGAGGAGGUCUUUUUCUUCAUCGUCCAGACCUACAACACUUCGCUCCUGUACCUGCUUCUCAGCAAGCCUACAUUCCACCCCAUAUAUUUGCGCCGUCAGGAUAAGAAUGAUCGCUGGAAGUACAUGAAGUUGGCCGGACAGCUUGUUCUGGGUCUGCUCCUCAAGAAAGCUGUGAACCUGCUCAGGGCUGAAGGUGCCGGCACAUACAUGGGUCUGAUUCUCGUCUGGGCUGUCCCGUUCUUGCUUUUGCUGUGGUCGCUGGCAUAUCAAUUCAUCCUCGGUCUGCCUGUCACCAACACCCUGCUACCAAUCGCUCUUCCAACGCUAUACCUCUGGAUUGUUGAUACACUGGCUCUCCGGAGAGGCACUUGGGUCAUCGAAUCUGGCACUAAGCUUGGAACACAUCUCUGGCCUGGUUUGGAAAUCGAGGAGGCUGUCUUCUUCCUCCUUACGAACACACUGAUUGUCUUUGGUCUUGUGGCCUUCGACAACGCCGUCGCCAUUCUCAACGCCUUCNCCUCCCACUUCCCUUCCGUACCCGCCCUUCCUUCGCCUGUGCUCCUGGUCCGGGCUCUGCUACUUCCGGCCGCUGCAUAUGACGAGGACCGUCUUGAGGGCUUGUCUGAAGCUGUCGAGCGACUCCAUCAGAAGAGCCGAAGUUUCUAUCUGGCUAGUGCAGCUUUCUCUAGCCGCCUGAGAGUGGACUUGAUCGUUCUGUACUCCUUCUGCCGCGUGGCUGACGAUCUGAUCGACAAUGCCGCCUCGCCACUAGAGGCUCGCAAAUGGAUCAAACGCCUUCGUACUUUCCUUGAUCUUUCCUACAAAACUAAGGAUCCGAUGGCGCACGACCAAAACACUGGAAGUAUCGUCCGACAUGUUGUUACUGAAUUCCCUCGAAGCACUCAUACCGCAUUGCUACAGCUGCCUACUUCGCGCCUUUCUUCUAAGCAUCUUUAUGACCUUCUCAAAGGGUUCGAGAUGGACCUCGGAUUUCAAACAAGCAAAGGAGCUCAACCUUCUACUUUCCCUAUAAGAUCAGAGUACGAUUUGGAUGUGUACUCAUCACGAGUUGCUGGUACAGUAGCUGCUAUGUGUAUUGAGCUCGUUUUCUCCCAUUACCCAGGAGAAGUGUCACCCAAGCAACAGGAGCAAAUACUGGAUGCUGGAAACACGAUGGGUAUAGCUCUUCAAUACACCAAUAUUGCCCGUGACAUUAGCGCAGAUGCUCUGUUACAGCGAGUCUACUUGCCGACAAAUUGGCUAAAGGAGGAGAACCUGACGCCUGAACAAGCGAUUCAGGUUUUCACGAUAAUGGAUGCCAAACCUACCCUUGGCGCCGAAGACCAAAUAUUCGUGGCCAAGUUAGAACGACUGAGACAUCGUCUGUUGGACCGAGCAUUUGCAUUGUACGAGGACUCGCGCGGUGCGAUUGACAAGCUACCCUCAGAAGUGCGUGGACCUAUGCGUGUUGCUACGGAGAGCUACAUGGAAAUUGGACGGACACUGAGGCAGCCGGGCUACAGGGUCAGAAAGGGAAGGGCAACAGUAGACGGCUGGCGAAGGCUGGCAGUGGCUUGGAAAGCGCUGCAG